GUGACGGACGGCGGCGCGCUGUCCCCGAAGCGCAGCUGGAGCCCGCGCCUGACGCUGCGCAGCCACUACGACGCCGUGCGGGCGCUGGCCUUUGUCCCUUGUCACCCGGCGCUGGUGACAGCCUCCGAGGACGCCACCCUCAAGCUCUGGAACCUGCAGAAGCCGCUGGUCCCCAAGAAGAACGCGGCGCUGGACGUGGAGCCGGUGUACGCCUUCCGCGGGCACAGGGGCCCGGUGCUGCAGGUGGCGGUGGCCGCGGGUGACGGCGGUGACAGCGGUGACAGCGGGCUGUGCUGCAGCGCCGGGGUGGACGCUCGGAUUCGCUGCUGGCGCCUCCCGGGGCUGGACAGUGACCCCUACGACGGCUACGACCCGCGCGUGCUGCGGGGGGUCCUCGAUGGCCACGCCGACGCCGUCUGGGGCCUGGCCUUCGACGUCACCGGGCGUCACCUGGCCUCGUGCUCGGCCGACGGCACCGUGCGCCUCUGGGACCCCCGCGGGGACAGCGGCGGUGGCACCGGCGGCGCUGGCACCUGCCUGAGCGUGCUGGACGGGCACAAAGAUCACGGUGUCCCCACCUCGGUGACGUUUGUCCCCACCCACCCGGCCCAGCUGGUGGCCGGCUUCCGCUCCGGUGCCACCGUCCUCUACGACCUCGAGGCCACCAAGGCCACCCUGGUGUCCCCAAACGGCGGUCACGACUGCUCUCUCCAUUUAUGCCACCUGCUGCAGCGCACCUGUGUGCAGGAGCUGCCCGCUCACCGCCGCAAGCACUCCGAGGCCGUGCUGGCCGUGGCCUUCCACCCCCGGCGCGCCCUCAGCGCCAGCGCCGGCGCCGACGCCCUGGCCAAGGUGUUCGUCUGA